AUGGCGAUAACCAGUUAUGUCGCGUAUAUAAUGUUCAGCUCCGAUAGGCUCCCUACCGAGAUGCGACGAUCCGUAGCACGGCUUGCUAGUGGCAGGCCGCGUGGUUGUCAUGCUGAGUCUAUGAUCCUAGAAUUGUACAAGAAAGUGGCGUUAGAGGAAAAUCUGAAUCUCUGGAAGAGAAAUGAUAUUAUAUGUCCAAUUUGUCUAUCGGAAUAUGCGAGCAAUGAAACCGUUGGGUGCUUGUCCAGAUGUGAGCAUUGUUUUCACAUCACAUGCAUCGAUACGUGGCUGCAGUUGCAUCGUUCUUGCCCGCUUUGUCGUAACAAAGUUUCACCACAACGUAAAACUCUGUGA